GUCAUAGCUACAUUUAGUGCUAAGCAAAUUUUAUUUUUCCUCGUUUCAGUAAAGAUGGAAAAGGAUGCCUACAGUCUUGUUUCUCAGACAUGUGAUGGCGAAAAUGAUUAUUCUCAAGCUGGAUCCUCUGUCGAGAAGAAGCUUAGAUUGUUUGGGUUUGAGCUUAUCCCGAGCAAGAACAAUGAGAACUACCCAAACGGUUCUGCUGAAGGUGAUGAAAGUGUAAAUUCAUCAAACACAGUUUCAUCUUCGAGGGAGACUCCUACCAAGGAGAAAAGCUCGCCGGGAGAGACUGAUGACAAGAAGAAGUUCGAGUGCCAAUAUUGCUUCAAGGAAUUCGCAAACUCACAGGCGCUUGGAGGUCACCAAAAUGCUCACAAGAAAGAGAGAAUGAAGAAGAAAAGGUUGCAGCUUCAAGCAAAGAGAGCUAGCAUCAACUGUUACCUUCAGCCUUUCCAAAACAGCCUUGGUUUCAGCUUCCAAGGCUCCUCUCCAUGGUGUUAUGAUUCUCCCUGCAGUUACACUGCUCCUGAUUUCACUCUUUACGAGGAAUCUCAAAUUAGUUUCAACCAAUACGAGCAAGCUGAUGCACAUCUCAACGGCUCCCAGGUAUCAAAAUUGUAUACUCUGCCAUCUCAAAUGAUCCCUUUCCAACAAGAUUCAUCCAUGUUCACGCUAACACACGCUGACAGAUCGAGAGAAAACAUGCCUGCUAGAAUCAAACCUUCCUCUUUGACUUCAUCAAAGCAAAGCUGUAAAUCCUUGGAUCUUCAAUUGGGCCUCAGCUUGCAAUCUACAAUACAGAGUUCCUCUGGAAGUGGUCUGUAGACGCAUAUACAUAAAUCAAAGUGAAGAUAAUUACAGUGCCAUGUCUUCUCCAAUGAUUUGAAUUCCUUCAACCUUUCAACAAAUCCAAAAAUAAAGGCGUAUCAAAAUUCGUUACACUCAGGCUGGAAAACUUCAGCAACAGCUACAUUGAAACUCAAAAAAGAAACCAAAAUUCAAUCAUUGACAGAGUAUACAAUUAUUGACGAUGAAAUGUCAUACACAUUUACUCUUAAGAUCACAUGUAAUGAAGCAGAGAGCUACGGUUUCGAUAUAGAUCUGUAGAUGCUUGAUCAUCCUUUUCGGGCUGUCAAAAUUCAAAGAAGAACAGGAAACCAAGAUUUUCUUCAUUUUUGUUGAUAGCUGUCUAUUUUAU